CGUCAAGUGCGGGCCGGGGGUCAGAAUCUACCAAAACUGGACAGAGAGUAAGUCCAGGACUUCUUCAAUAGCACAAGCAACUAAAACGUUGGGUCCUGUGGAGUAUUUUUGGCCUGGGACGAUUGCAUCCAAAAAUAAUGGAUUGAAAAGGGAGACCGCGGGCAUGUGGAUGCUGUUGGUGACGGUCUGCUCGUCACAUGGAGCCGUGAGGACCACAGACGCCAUCCAGAGGCAGAAUUUACGUCCCCUGCUGACCUUCGAGCUGACAGUGUCACUUCCUUUUCACUCCGAAAGAGAAAGAGAAAAUUAUGGGACCAGUUUGAGCAAACAUCCCACAACGCCCUCACGCAACGCAAAUGUGAGAGGGCCAGAAGGCCAGCGAGAAGUCUGGCCCGGGCACCAUUGUGGCUAGCCGCAUGGGAAUAAGCCGUGAAACCCAACACACGGAAGCACCAGUUGGCCUGGUCUGCCUCAUUGGAAUCGAAGCUGGAGCGACAGAGCGAGAACUGUUGCUCGGUUGCACGCCAGAAGCUCGGGAAUAUAUUAUUCCGAAUUUGAAGCCAUAUAAGGACUCUGACAGGGUUUGAUUAUUCAGGUCUGUAGAGGUAACCCAGAUAUCUGGCUCGUUACUGAGAUCCGACGUAUCAGGGCUGAGCCAGCAGAUCUAAACAUGAUGAUUGGUGGCAGAUGACAGGAGCUUAAAUGGGGACUCGUAACCCCGUCAAGGUCAGAAGUGGACAUUGCGCUGAACGCUGAAGCCGGAUAGAUUCUGACAGCACAGCACAGACGAGGUUGACGACGAGCUCAGAGUCUCAAACUUUCAGACAGACGGGCGGACCUGGACCUGUUGGUGGCUCGUAGGCUAGUCGUGUGCGUGUAUCGAGACCGCAACGACGAUGGAGCCCUGCUGCAGUUGUCGAAAUUUUUUCCUGGCAGUCUUUGGAGUCAUAAAUUUGACCGUUAUUUCCACUCUCAUCUUCGACUUUUCUCCCAUUUUGACAAAAUACCAAAUGUACACCGGAGUGAUUGAGAACACCCCAGACGAUUUAGAUUGGGCGCCUGCUACUUCUGCAGUUCGCAGGGAAGAAGAAAAUGUGAAAAUUGACAGGAGCAUCUGGACGAGACAUUCCUUAGACUGGUGGGAAAACGAAAGGCUGAACGGGACAGACUUGAACUGGAGAGGGCGACACAAGAUGCACGACAAGCUCAAAACUGGAAAUCUUUGGUUCGAUGAGAACCUGGAAAAGUAUUUUAUCUCUAAGCUGGAGGAUCAUCAAUUUCCCGCCAACUGCAGCAAGAAUCAUUGGAUCGCAUAUCAGCCUAUGGACUCAGGUCUGCUGUCAUGCGUGCAUGUGUUCACUCCCGUUCUGAUGAUGGGACUCGUGAAAGGAAACGAGUACACCGUCAUACCCAUCGGCUACUUUGUGCCGGCUUUGCACGAGAAUCCGACCUACGAUGGAUGUGGAGAGAGCAAGGACAAGCACCUGGGAUGCUUCUUCAAUCUAACCAGCUGCAGAAUAGACGAGGACCAGGUCAGGUACGGAGCUUUGGAGAACAGGAGCAGGUCCAGGCAGUCGAGGGGUGACACUUGGGCGCAGUUCGCCAGUGAGAGGACGUCAGCUCCCGGGGGAUUGAGCGUUUUGAGGAACUGGAUGUGGCCGCCCACUGGAUUCGACAAGGGCAGGAUAGCUGCAGGUUCCAGAAAACCCAAGGUCCAGUUCUGGAACGAAGUCCGCAAGCAUGGAUCCGUCGGGGUGCACGGCAUGCCGCACGAGUCCGUGGAGCACAUCUGGGAAGCGCAGAUGGAGUUCGCCUUCAGCUCCAUGAUCAGCAGUUGGAUGAUGAGACAAACUUCCAGCCGCGUAAAAGAAAUCGCCGACACAAUCAUGGCCAAGUAUUCUGAUGCUUCAGCGGGAGGCAUCCCUCUCUGGAAAGCCCCCGUCCUCACGGUCCACGUUCGACAAACUGACAAAGCGUGGGAGGAUCCAUACUUCCAAAAGUACAAGACGUACCGAAACGUAUCAAGUUAUGCCACGGAAAUGAACAAGCUGGAGUCUAGAUUUGGAUUCAAGUGGCAAUCGAUAUUUCUCAUCUCGGACUCGGGCUCGGCCAUCGAGUCGUUAGCUCAAGUUUUGAACAAUGUUACGGAGUCUCCCGAUGCGGCUAAUGGACAGGACGGAAAGCGAUUCAUCAUGUACGACUGGACCGAUGACAAAGACAUGAUAGAACGAAUCGGAGGCCACAAUAAAAUCCCGGAGGACAAGAAGUAUUCUGCGCAGGAGCAUUUUUUAGCCACGCUGUACAUAAUUCAGAAGAUCUCCGACUAUGCUAUCGUUCAGUACAGCUCAAACGUAGGAAGGUUUAUCAGUGAGCUUAUAGGAGCGCGACAUCGAGUUUCUUGUGCGGACCGUGUUGGGCCCAAUGCUCUGUCAAUGGAUUACUACUGGAGACAUGAUUGAUUCAUAAGUACCCUUGUCAGGCUCGGAACUGAUCCUCACCUACUCUACAAUUUUAUCAUUCUGUUUGCUCGUCUCUACUCUUCCCAAAGUCUC